CCAGGCACGAAGAACGCAAAAAACAGAGCCCAGAGGCUGCCUGCUGAAUUAACAGCCGCAGCAGAAAAAAGAGAGGUGAAUCCGCGCAGCCAGGCGCUGUCAUUCAUCAGCCUCGAGAGCCACCCCCGACGGGCCUGCGGGGGCGAAGACUCAAGACAGGACGAGGAGACCGAACGAGGACGAGACCGCCUGGGAAACGCCAAUCCUUCCAGCGCCCGCCUUUAGGACCCUGCUAAGACUCCCCUCGACCGCAAAAUUGGGCGAAUUGCACCAGUUCCCUCUUCGACCACACCUUUACGCGCAGACCAUCGAUCCCAUCCAACCAGUCACGUCCGUCAUCGCGACACUAUCGUUCCCAGACAGACCGUCUAGCGCCCCGACAGUGUCUUUCCCGCCUAGUGAGCCAUACCCGCCCGGCUGGCGGCCACUCUCUUAGUCCACUGCGGCAACGAACAGAUUGCGAUUCCAUCCCCGUUAUCUCGCUUUUUGCUUUUCGGAAUCGUUGAAAGGAGACAGAAAGAGAAGCGGGGGAGACCAGCCAGGCCGAACCAAUACUGCAUACCGACCAACCUGUCUCCGAUCUGCUCGUGCUUCCAUGCGGUCUUUCCACUGACGACAACCUCAACAUGCUAAUGGCACAGACCCCCUGCUCGGCAUUCAAGGGUUAGAAUUUCACGACGAACCACACGCACAGCUUCCACCCACAGAUCUUGAGCCUCGAUCGACUGCACUCGGCGGUGGAACAAGUAACGACUGCUCUACCACCAUCUAACCUGCCCCGCGUCAUAGGAGGGGUCCCCGUGUCGAUCGCGACGAUUUCUAUUUCACAAAUUGGAUCCCCCUGCGUCUGCUUUCCCCAUGAACGGCAUCGUGGGGUCGGCACCUCCUGGUGCCAUGUACGUCAGGGCGCUCUAUGAUUACGAGGCUGAUGACAGGACGAGCUUGAGCUUUCAUGAAGGCGACAUUAUCCAGGUCAUUACUCGGCUCGAGAGCGGAUGGUGGGACGGUGUCAUCAACGGCGUCAGAGGCUGGUUUCCUAGUAAUUACUGCCAGAUCAUUGACGAACUCCCAGAGCUUGAAGAAAACGGCGAGCCAGAACAGGUCGAGGAGGAACCUGAUGACCACCCGGAAGUAUACGAAGGAGAGUAUGAGGAUGAAGAUGGCUCCGAACUUGACGAUGUCGAGGGCCUUCCCCUCGAGGGAACCGAAGGCGACAGGCUGAGGGCCGAUUUCUGGAUCCCUCAAGCCACUCCAGACGGCAGGCUAUUCUACUACAACACCAUGACGGGCGAGAGCAGAGCGGACCUGCCACUCGAGUCUCCCUCUUCGGUGACCGAGACAGGCCCAAGAGAUCGCAUGAAUCUCAGUGUUCCCGACCGAACAAGGCCGCCGGCCGAAAUGAUUGCCAGAGGGCUGACCCGAGACGAGGAGGACGAAUCGGACGUCAACUCGGCAUCCGAAUUAGAAGGCGAGGCUCUGAUGAACAUGCGAGGCUCAGCGCCUGUUUCACGCCGAUUCCAGAUGGGUGACGGUAUUUCUCCAGCACCAUCCAUGGAUUCUAUGAACGGGCAGUCGCCGGUGACGAGAGCUCGCGGCGAGACGUUUCCAAACGGCAGCUCAGCUCAGACCCCAAUGGUAUCUUCAGCCACUGCGUUUACCAGCUCCGGGUUCAACCUGCCUACUGCUGCAACGAUUCCGCGAUCCUUUUUCGACGACGGAACGACACCUGCACUCAACUGGCCUCGUUUGGUGUCCAACAUGAAGAAGGCUAUUGACCGCUACAGGGAGGUCAUCACGAGCGGCAACAGGGCAGAGUAUGUUGCACGCGCUGAAGACAUCUCAGAUCACUUGCGCCUUCUCUUGGCAGCAGGCUCCGGAACGACCGACAACCACUCAGGCCAACCCUCGAUCAUCUCGACAAACAAGGCGCUCUACCCGCAUUUCCGUGACAUGAUGUCCAAGUUUAGCAAGCUCGUCAUCUCUUCACACAUCGCGGCGGCGGACUGGCCCAAUGCCGAGUCGAUACAAAAAUGCCUGCAGGAAGCCGACGGCGUCCUGCUAGGUGUCUUUAGCUAUCUCGAGGUUGCAAAGCAGCAACGAGGCGACGAGAUUCCACGACUGUUCCCAGGCUUUGUUAUUGGGUCGAAUGCGGGUGGCAGCUGGCAGAACAAUGGACUAGGUCCUCGUGACGCCAUCACCACCAACUUUCUCGAGGAUGAGGAAGGCCUGGUUGAACCAAAUGCCCUCCUGGAUGGCAAGCUUCUGGAGCGGCUUGAUGAGCUAAAAAGGAUGGUGGUCUCGAGCAUCCGUGAGCUGGAUAAGAACCUGCUGGUUACGGACAAGAUCAUCACCCCCUACAAGCACGAAAUGAUUGGAAAUGCUGUUUGCGCCGCCGGCAGCAAGGUACUGGAUAUGUUCAAGCCCUGGAUUGCCAUGAUUGAAUCAAUCGACCUCUCGCUGCUGGACAACACGUUCCAAACGCCGCAACUUGCCGACUUUAGCACCAACAAGCAAAGUUUAUAUGAUAAUAUCUCUGAUUUGAUUCUGGGUUGUCAAGCAGUGGCUGGUCCGUUGGCGGACGAGUGGUCAGAGGUGAGGGGUCAAGCUCUGGAGGAACGGCUGGAGUAUGUCCGAAACUGCGCACGAGCACUGGAGACGAACUCAUCCCAUAUCGGAUUCUCGCUCCAGCUUCUUUCCGAGCAGGUUUCGAUUGUCUUGCAGCAACAGGCCGAGACGCGCAUGCGGGAAGAAGUGCCCACGCGAGAGCAACCAAGAAGGAUGGAGACCAUGCCAUAUGAGCGACCGCAUCAGCGGACAGAGUCGCUGUCGCGGCCUGUCAGACCGGGAAUGCCUAUGGGGUCGCAGUCGUUUACUGAAGGUGACACCAUGAUGACGACUAACCCGUACCGGAAGGAUGACAAGCUUAAGAAGUUCUUUGGAGAAGACCCUACCCCGGUGCAGCAAACGUUGAUUGACGACACCCCCGAGUUCUUGAGGCUGGACCACGAUGUCGACCUUUCCUGGGACCUCAAGACCCAACCGCCAACGGUCAAGGGUGGUUCCCUGAUGGCCUUGGUGGAGCAACUUACACGGCACGACAAGCUCGACGCCAACUUCAACAACACCUUUCUUCUUACCUAUCGGUCGUUCACAUCAGCACGAGAGCUGUUUGAGCUUUUGGUGAAGAGGUUCAACCUGCAACCGCCAGAAGGACUGACCCAGCCCGAGUAUGACCAGUGGACAAACCAGAAACAAAAACUGAUCCGCUUCCGCAUCGUCAAUAUCUUGAAGAACUGGUUCGACAACUUCUGGAUGGAGGACCCAAGCGAGGAAGCCACGAAGCAGCUGUUGCGGGAUGUUUACAACUUUGCCAAGGACACGGUCAAAUCCACCGAGACGCCCGGUUCGGGUCCUCUGAUGACGGUACUCGACCAGCGACUGAAUGGCAAGGAGGCGGGCGCCCGCCGCAUGAUUCAGACGGUCAACCAGAACACGCCAGCUCCCAUCAUGCCGAAGAACAUGAAGAAGCUCAAGUUCCUCGACAUCGACGUUACCGAGUUCGCCCGCCAGCUCACGAUUAUCGAGUCCCGUCUGUACGGCAAGAUCAAGCCAACCGAGUGUCUGAACAAGACUUGGCAGAAGAAGGUUGGAGAGGGAGAGCCAGAGCCUGCUCCGAACGUGAAGGCCCUAAUUCUUCAUUCUAAUCAAAUGACCAAUUGGGUGGCUGAGAUGAUCUUGUCACAGACCGACGUGAGGAAACGCGUCGUUGUUAUCAAGCACUUUGUGGCGGUUGCCGACAAGUGCCGUGGGCUCAACAACUUUUCGACCCUCACAUCCAUCAUCUCCGCCUUGGGUACUGCGCCUAUUGCCCGCCUCAAGCGGACAUGGGAUCAAGUGCCGCAGCGCAUUCACGCCACCCUGGAGACGAUGCGCAAGUUGAUGGCCAGCACCAAGAACUUUGGCGAGUACAGAGAAGCGCUGCACGCUCAACAGCCCCCCUGCAUUCCCUUCUUUGGUGUUUACCUGACCGACUUGACCUUCAUCGAGGACGGCAUCCCGUCCAUCAUCAAGAAGACUAACCUCAUCAACUUUGCCAAGCGAGCGAAGACGGCCGAAGUGAUCCGGGACAUUCAGCAGUACCAGAAUGUGGCUUACUCGCUCCAGCCGGUCCCCGAGCUCCAGGAUUACAUACUCAGCAACAUGCAGCAGGCGGGAGACGUGCACGAGAUGUACGACAAGAGCUUGCAGAUUGAGCCGCGCGAGCGGGAAGACGAAAAGAUCGUCAGAGUUUUGGCCGAGUCUGGGUUCCUAUGAAGAGCGAAAGGGGGAUGCGAUAUACUUGACCUAUACAGUUUUACGACGGGCUUCUACGGUGCGAAUGUCGAUGUUGGGACGGUACAUGGAUCAUGGACGGUCGAGAUGUGUGGAUGUUCAUAUACUGUACGACAAUGGGGUCCAAGGGCGGGAUGAUGGAGCUGUCGAUUGUAUUUGACAGGGUUUUCUGGGAGCUCAUGGGGUUCGAUUUCGACGUCAAGAGAGAGGGUGGGGGCGCUUGGUGUCACUUAUAGGAGUCUGCCGAACCGGGAUAAACCCAUCUCGCCGACCAGGAAACCGUGCGGGAAGACUGGACGCCAAGGUAUCCCCGAGUCGACCCUGGAACGACGACAAUCUUGCAGCUCCGGCGAUGAAUUGCACCGACGACCGACCGAGCGAGGCCAGAAAGGAGAGGAAGAAACAAACUUGAAGGGCAGGCAGCUUUGGAGGACUACCAUUAUCUUGGUGGGAACCGGGGCAACAAACUCAUAUAUGGGCAGCAUGGUUAUGGCAUGGGAUUGGGUCGGGAAGAGUUAUUUUAUAUGGCCAAGAGAAAAGGGUAUAUGGUGGGAGGGGGAUUCCAAGGCCCCAGGCAAAUUUGAAGGGAUAUGGACAUAUGGGAGGGCUGAAGGGCUGUGUGUGUAUCUGUCUGUGCGUGUGUGUGUGUGUGUGUGGGAUAUGUGUAUGUGUCGAAUUUUAGCAGGCACAUUCAUGGAUUUUUUUUUGGCCAUCCUGGGAGCAGAGGGCAGACAAGGGGAAGGGGAAAUAGAUGAGGGUUCAUUUGCUGAUGAAUGGGGGGGGGGGAUUAAGCUAUCGGGAUUUAGAAAGCUAUAAUCUGCUUCAUACUGCUACCACU